CUUUCUUUCUUUCUUUCUUUUUGCAUUUAGUAAACUUUUGAUCUUCUUCUUCCCCUUAGUAUUCAUAUUAGAAAUGAAUUCAUUCGUUUAUUUUCCUUUUGAAAUUAUCGAUCAAAUAAAUUCAUAUCUUUCCGACAAGGAUAGAUAUGAACUUGUCAAUAUAAAUAGAACAUUUCAUAAAGUAUUUACAAGACUUCUUUAUCAAAGAAUUACGAUUACAACAUAUCAGCAAUAUAAGCAACUUGUAACUUUAUUUACAAGUACUCAGUAUACAAGUUUACCUUUAGGACGUUGUGUCCAUCAUUUGAAAGUUUUAUUAGAUCAACUAUCAGAAGAAGAAUUACGAACUAUUCAGAGGCUUUGUCCAGCCUUACGAUCUAUUCAUAUUGACUGGAGGAUAUGGAAUUAUCUUGGAUUCGUUUAUCAAAAUAAACUAACAACUUCAUCUUCUUUAAUCACACGAAAUUAUCUUCCUCGCUCUCUUCUUCCCCCCUUUACAACCGAGUUUAUAGCCCAUUAUGGUGCCUCUACAUUGUCCUCUCUUACUCUAGACUUGCAUAACACGAUUCAUAUUGAUGGCAGAGACAUCUUGAGUUACACACCUCAUUUACGAAAUCUCACACUCAUGGGAAUAAAUCAAUACGAUAAUAUCACAUUUGAAUUUGUUGAAUCCAUACAUCAAUCGUGUCCCCUUUUAGAGGAUCUAACGUUAGAGGGCGAUCGAUCAGAGAUAGAUGACUUUAGUUUAAUAUGGAGGAGGGGGAGUCCAGAUGCAAGUUCUGCUAUUUAUCCACGUAUGAAAUCAUUUAAACUCCAAUGUCAAUACGGUGCUGAACGUUAUCAAGAUUGGUUACCGUAUUUCAGUCUCAAAUAUCCAAACCUUCUUUCGCUUCAUUUCUAUCAUUCAGGGACAGGUAAGGAUAUCAUCGAGCCUUGCCCCCCAGAGAUCUAUCGGGAUUUCAUCAAGAGCUGUCCUCGAUUGAUGGAUAUACGUUGGCAUCAGAUAUCACCUGAUUUUGAAUUCUUUCAUGAACUGGAUAAAGCGAAGCAUCAACGUCUAAAGGUAUUAGAUCUAUGUGAUACAAUCCCUAUGCCCUCUUUACUUUUAACUCUCUUAUUUGAAAGUCGCAAUCACAUUUUCUGUCAUCUCACAGCCUUCACAUUCGGUCCUUUACCUCGUGAUACAACCCCUCAUGAACUAAUUGAAUCGAUAGCGAAUGCUUGUCCUCAACUUAAAGAAUUGGGUUUACGAGAACCUCAUUGUAACUUGAAAACUCCAUUUAAAAUUGAUAUCAUCUUGAGUCAUUGUAGAAACCUUGUUAAACUUGAAUUAGAUCAUAUCGCACUUCGUGUAUCCUUUAAUAAUAAUAAUAAUAAUAACAGCAGACUUCUAACAACAACUACUACUACUACCGCCUUUUAUCAUCAUCCUCUUCAAAGUCUUAUCAUGCAUCAUUGCUCUUCCUUUGAUGGUGUCUUUGAAUAUAUCUCACCACGUUGUCCAAAUCUAAAUUAUUUAUCCCUCUUUGCUUAUACACAACGGGAUCGACGAUAUAAAGUUCAAAUUCAUUUACCACAUCAACGACUGAAAAAAAUUGAAUUACAUGCCUUACGAACAGAGUCCUAUGAUGAGGAACGACGUAUUCGCUUCUUUUCGAUCCAUCAAAGACCCUCUUUAAAAUGGUAUUUCAUGAACGAAUUUGAUAUAUCGAAUCAACAAGAGAUGGUGGAAACAAGAUACGGUUACCGUCACGACCAUUACCGACACAUGGAGUUGGCUAAAGAAUGGGUCACUUUAAAUACAUCUGAGGUUGAGUUCUUGCAGUCUUUAUUAUCGAAACCCAUUCCUUGGUCUGAAGUAGAAAGAAGGAAACGAGCUUAUCUGGAUGUGAUGGAACAUUCUAAUUUGGUUGCACAAUGGGAUCCUAAAGAUAUCUAUGACGCUGGCUAUGUUGAUUUGGUUUGUGAUUCGAUAGAUCAACUCUGUAUCAAUAAAAAAUAUAUCUAUUUUAAAUAAAUAAAUAAAUAAAGAAAUAUGCUUGAGGAAAAAGAAGUUCAUUUUUGUUUUUCUUGGC